CCCCAAAAUCAUUAAAAAAAACCAUGGCGUCUCUAAAGCACUCAAAUUCCCAUGGCGCCUGUAAACUCCUAAAAAACCUAGGAUCAAAAUAACCUUAUACGGUCUAAUAUCUACUGAAGAAUCGAUAUGUUUAAUAUAUUUAAUAAAGCCGUCCCAGGGGCAUAAAUUCAGUACAAAUACUUCUCUGGCCGCUUUGUUCCUUCACGCAACCACAACAGCCAUUUCUCUUUCCUCUCAACGGUUGCUUGAUCCUCAAGAUUGAGAUUUGAAAAACCCGAAACCCCAAAAGGCUGAAAUUGUAAACACAGAGGCAUGGAGGACGUCUGCGAGGGGAAGGAUUUUAACUUUGCGAAGCAGGAAGAGAAGAUAUUGGAGAUGUGGCAGGCAAUGGAUGCAUUUCAUACACAGCUGAAGAAGACGGAAGGGAGACCCGAAUAUGUAUUCUAUGAUGGUCCUCCUUUUGCCACCGGGCUUCCCCAUUACGGUCAUAUUCUCGCGGGCACUAUCAAGGACAUAGUUACUCGCUAUCAGACCGCUACUGGGCACCAUGUGACCAGGAGGUUUGGAUGGGAUUGCCACGGUUUGCCCGUGGAGUACGAAAUUGAUACGAAAUUGGGGAUUAAGAGUAGAGAUGAUGUUUUGUCUAUGGGCAUUGAUAAUUACAAUGAAGAAUGCCGGAGUAUUGUUAUGAGGUAUAGUAAGGAAUGGGAGAAAGUUGUUACUAGAGUUGGGCGAUGGAUCGAUUUCCAGAAUGAUUAUAAGACUCUUGAUCCUCAGUAUAUGGAGAGCGUUUGGUGGGUUUUUGAGCAGCUCUGGGAGAAAGAUUUGGUUUACCUAGGGUUCAAGGUUAUGCCAUACAGCACAGGUUGUAAGACCCCUCUAUCAAACUUUGAAGCUGGACUCAAUUACAAGGACGUAUCAGAUCCAGCAAUAAUAGUUUCUUUCCCUCUAAAAGAUGAUAUGGAUGGUGGAGCUCUUUUGGCAUGGACUACUACACCAUGGACUCUUCCUAGUAAUCUUGCUCUAUGUGUCAAUGCAAAUUUUGACUAUGCAAAGGUCAGAAACAAGACAACAGGGGCAGUAUACAUUCUUGCGGUGUCUCGCUUAUCUCAGCUGCCAGCAAAGAAGGUAAAAGCAGAUGUUUCUAAUGGCCCUCACUCAAAAUCAAAAGAUUCAGGAUCAAAAGCAGAAGGCAAGCCAAAAGGUCCUCAGGAGGCAAAAAGAGGAGGACUUGCAUUGGAUGCUAAUUCAUAUGAAUUGCUGGAGACAUUUAAGGGCUCUGUUCUGGUUGGUAAAAAGUACCAGCCAGUGUUUGACUUCUUCUCGGAGCUCUCAGACGUUGCCUUCAGAGUUGUUGCAGACAAUUAUGUGACAGAUGACAGUGGCACUGGGGUAGUGCAUUGUGCUCCUUCAUUUGGAGAAGAUGAUUAUCGUGUCUGUUCAGAUGCAAGUAUUAUUAAAAAGGGCGGGGAACUUAUAGUCCCAGUAGAUGCAGAUGGGUGCUUUACAGAAAAGAUUGUUGAUUUCAAAGGCCGAUAUGUAAAAGAUGCUGACAAGGAUAUUAUAUCUGCUUUGAAGGCUAAGGGAAGAUUGGUUAGUUCAGGCAAUAUAAUGCAUUCUUAUCCCUUCUGUUGGAGAUCAGAUACACCUUUGCUUUAUAGGGCUGUGCCAAGCUGGUUUGUUGCAGUGGAGAAGAUUAAAGACCAGCUUCUGGAGAACAACAGACAGACAUAUUGGGUUCCUGAUUAUGUGAAGGAAAAGCGCUUCCACAAUUGGCUGGAGAAUGCCAGGGAUUGGGCAGUAAGUCGAAGCAGAUUUUGGGGUACACCCCUUCCUAUAUGGAUUAGUGAUGAUGGGCAGGAAAAAAUAAUCAUAGGUUCAAUUGAAAAGCUGGAGAAGCUUUCGGGAGUCAAGGUGACUGAUAUUCACCGGCAUAAAAUAGAUCACAUCACAAUUCCAUCUGGAAGAGGUCCUAAUUUUGGAGUCCUUCGGCGCGUUGAUGAUGUUUUUGAUUGCUGGUUCGAGAGUGGAUCAAUGCCUUAUGCUUAUAUUCACUAUCCUUUUGAGAACAAGGAAUUUUUUGAGGGCAACUUCCCAGGGCAUUUCAUUGCAGAAGGCCUUGAUCAGACUCGUGGAUGGUUUUAUACUCUGAUGGUAUUAUCAACAGCUUUGUUUGGCAAACCAGCAUUCAAGAAUCUAAUUUGCAAUGGUCUUGUUUUAGCUGAGGAUGGAAAGAAAAUGAGCAAACGACUUAAGAAUUAUCCACCGCCAAUGGAAGUGGUUGAUGAUUAUGGAGCUGAUGCACUCAGGCUUUAUCUUAUAAAUUCGCCCGUUGUAAGAGCAGAGCCAAUGAGAUUUAAAAAGGAUGGAGUAUAUGGUGUGGUCAAAGAUGUUUUCCUUCCAUGGUACAAUGCUUAUAGAUUCUUAGUUCAGAAUGCACGAAGGCUUGAGGUUGAAGGUCUGAAUGUUUUUAGGCCUGUUGAGCAUAGUAAAUUGCAAACAUCACUUAAUGUUCUUGAUCAAUGGAUCAAUUCUGCCAGUGAGAGUCUUGUUCAAUUUGUGCGGCAAGAGAUGGAUCACUAUCGUCUGUACACAGUUGUACCAUAUCUUCUGAAGUUCAUUGACAAUUUAACUAAUAUCUAUGUACGAUUUAACCGUAAGCGGCUGAAAGGACGAACAGGGGAAGAGGAUUGCAGAAUGGCACUUUCAACUCUUUACCAUGUACUUCUGACUACAUGCAAAGCUAUGUCACCGUUCACUCCAUUUUUUACUGAAGCCAUGUAUCAAAAUUUGGUUAAAGUUCUUGAUUCUGGAGCAGAGGAAAGUAUACAUUAUUGCAGUUUUCCGGAAGUUGGAGGAAAGAGAGAGGAACGCAUUGAACAAAGUGUUACAAGAAUGACGACUGUCAUUGAUUUGGCUCGAAAUAUACGGGAACGACACAAUAAGCCUUUGAAAACACCUCUCAGAGAGAUGGUCGUAGUUCAUCCCGAUGAGGAGUUCCUCGAGGAUAUAACUGGGAAAUUAGGAGAGUAUGUCAGAGAAGAACUUAAUGUCAGAUCUGUGAAACCCUGUAAUGAUCCUUUAAAAUAUGCAACCUUGCGAGCCGAACCGGAUUUUAGUGCAUUAGGUAAACGACUGGGAAAGGCAAUGGGAGUUGUUGCCAAGGAAGUGAAGUCAAUGGGACAGGCCAGCAUUCUAGCAUUUGAAAAGUCUGGAGAAGUAACAUUUUCUGGACACACUCUACAGCUGAGUGAAAUAAAGGUUUUCCGGCAAUUUAAACUGCCUAAUGGUGUAGAGAAAGAGGAUAUGGAUGCAGCUGGUGAUGGUGAUGUUUUGGUAGUUUUGGAUUUGCGCCCUGAUGAGACAUUGUUCGAAGCAGGUGUUGCUCGUGAGAUUGUCAAUCGUAUUCAAAAGCUUCGAAAGAAAGCUGGUUUAGAACCAACUGACACUGUGGAAGUGUAUAUCAAACCAUCUGAAGAGGACGAGACUGUAUUGACGCAAGUGGUAGAGUCACAGGCUGCCUACAUUCGGGAUGCUGUUGGCUCACCAUUGCUUCCAUCUCAUCUUUGCCCAUCACAUGCGGUAAUCCUAGCAUCAGAGAAAUUUACUGGUAUUAGUGGGAUGUCAUUCACAAUCAACCUAGCAAGGCCAGCUUUAAGAUUCAUAAACAAUGCGUUAGGUGCAUUGUGCUCAGCCAAUGAGAAGCAUGUGGAAGAUGUCCAAGUAUAUUUGCUAUCUAGGGACUACUCAAAUCUAAAGGCCGAAUUUCUCUCAGCAAAUGGAAAGGUCCAAGUAGCAUGCAUCGAGGGCCAGACACCUCUUGAUAUCGUCCUUGGUGAACAUUUACAUCUUUCUGUAGGAGAUUAUUUUCUGAGUAUGAGAACUUGAUAUUUAUCUCCUUGAGGAAAUUUAUUCGAUCUACUGGCAAGUAUACACGUGAAAGGAAAGCACUAUUUUUUUAUUUCUAUAUUCUCCACUUCUCUUAUUGCCUGCCGGCAAAAGUGCCAUUAUUGUAACAGUAAGAUAUUGUGUCCUUAUUUAAUGUCUUUUAUUCAGACUACAAAAUGAAAUUUAUAAUCUUUGGAAUGUGAAGGAGGUUUGCUACUUCACAUGGAAGAAAUCAGUGCAGGAACUCAAAGUAUGUGUUUGCAAGCACACAUAUAUGUAGGCACUCAAAGUAGUUCCUGUUGUUUAAGUAUAUGAAGUUCUUUUCUUUACUUUCA